UCAGAAGGAUAUACACUUAGUCACUCUUUCCAUCAGCUCCGAUAAGUCUUCCUGGUGCACAACCAUGCCGCUGCACUUCUCUGCGGCUGAGAGCGUCAUGACUGCGGCUGAGAGAUUUAUUUUCAUUGGCUGCCUGCUGCAAGGUGGUCUGUGCAGUACCUGGUCAGUCCAGAUGCCUCAGUCUAUACAAGCCCUGAAUGGAUCCUGUGUGCUGAUUCCCUGCACAUUCCAGAUUCCAUCUGCAAAAAAUAAACAUCUAAUAAACCCAGCUGGAAUAUGGUGGACAAAGAAGAGAGGGUCGUCUGAUAAAAGACAAUUGGAAAAAAAAGAUAAUUGGAAUAUAAUUGGAAAAUUAUCUGAGAAGAACUGCACCACAGUCCUGAACAGGAUUAGUAAGACAUGGACUGGUGAUUAUUCAUUUAGCAUUGAAGGCAAUAACCACACCAAGAACAAGUUAAAAGAGAAGGUGAAAAUUAAUGUAGAAGACUCCCCACCCAGCCCCCAGGUCACCAUAAACAAGGACAUGGUGAGGGAGGGGGACUCUGUGACUCUGACCUGCUCGGCUCCAGCUCCCUGUCCAUCACUCCCCCCGACUCUGUCAUGGACCCCCAGGCUGAGUGACAGUGUCACUGUAUUUCAGGAGAAUGAUGAUCACACUAAACAUGCAUCUUCUGUUAUGAACUUUACUGCCUCACAUCUCCUCCAUAAGCAGGAAGUCAAAUGUACAGCAGUUUACAGGCUCCAAACAGUCAACAGUGAGAGGACAUCCCACACAAAUGUAACUCUAAAGGUUCAGUACUCCCCCAAAAACAUUUUGGUCUUAAUUGGAAAAGAUGGGAGUCUAACCUGCAUCAGUGAUGCCAACCCAGCAGUGAACAAUUACACUUGGUAUAAAGUGAGUGGGGGUGAAAUCAAAGUUGUUUCAUACACACAGAGCCUCACCUCUAAUAUCACUGAGGUCAGUGGACAGUAUUACUGUCAGGCUCAGAAUGAACACGGCCUACAGAAUUCAAGCACCGUGCAGCUCCACUGUGAUCCAGUAAAGGCUCCACCCACUUGGAUGGCCGCUGCUGCAGGGGCGGCUGGGAUGAUGCUGACGUGCAUCUUAAUGCAGAUUCUUCUCAAAAAAUGCUGCCCCAGUGAGAAUCACAGCAGUAAGAUACGAGUCACUGAAGAAUUAACACCGAUAAAUUUGACUUCUGAGAGUGGAAAUGAGACUCCAGUUGUCCACCAUGACAGAGGCAGUGAAUGGGGAACAGGAACCACUCAGGGGAGCUCACAGAGCACUCUGUAUGGAAACAUCAACCGCAGUGUUGGUGUGAUGUCUGAGGUCCAAGAGGAACAGGAGCAGUGUACUAUAAGGGGUAUGACUGGUAAGAGGAAGAAAACCCGACAGCCUGAGAGUAGAGAUGUGUCUGGGCGUGGCUUCAGAAGCCAGGAUUCUACAGAUUCCCAAAAGAGGAAAUAUGAGUCAGGUACCGAACAAGAGACCAUGGAGGACAAGAAGAUCUCAACGCUGGAUGAUCAGCUGAAGACACCUGAACCAAAAGAGGAAGCAACGUAUAAUAACAUCUGCCAUCAACUGUGCACCAAAGGUCCAGAUAAGAGGUCUGCUACAGUGGAAGCUUCUCCUGAGGGUCCACAGGACCAUCAUGGCAUUGCUUUUUACCCACUGAUCUCUGACGAAACGGGAACCAAUGAGAGCGAGUAUGCAGUGGUGAGAAAGGUCCGUAGUUUUUAGCAGAAAGUCCAUCCCUGAAGGACUAAGGCACAAGUGUAGCUAGAAUGAACCGUAAUUCUUACUGUAUGCAUUCUGAAUACUAAUAUUGUAAUGGGGGGAAAAGCUAUUGUGUCUUUCAUAGAAAUUCUGAAGAAAUUUGCCCCAUUUACAAAAUACAGACGCUUCUCUACUUACGAACUUUCAAUUUACGAACUUUCAGACAUACGACCGAACAGGACUGUAAGUUUAAAUUGUGUUCCUUGGGCACCCGUUUCCUGUCCACAACAUCUUUUUUUUUUCUGUACACCAGUUCCACCUAGUACGACUUCUGGCCACUACUCCCACCUUGCAGCAGUGUAGUGUGCGUACUCCCAGCAUCCUAGUUCUUUGUACUUGCGUAUACCCUUAAAAUUAUGUUGAAUAAUGACUUACGGACAUUUCAAGUUGGGAACGGCCCUUCGGAACGUAUCUCAUUUGUAAGUAGAGGAGCGUCUGUAUAUUUUUACUUUUCUGUUGGUUGACUUUCAUGGUGGCUCUGAGGCAAGGGCUCUGUGCUGGCAGUCGGAAGGUUACUGGUUUGAAUCCCAUGAAUUGCAAUUGCUUUGUUCUGGGUAUGAUGUUAAUCUGCAUCCUGUCCUGGAAGCUGGUUUUCCAACUUUCAGGGAAAAUUUGAGGGUUGGUGGUAGAAUUGGCCCCUGGUAAAAACUCACACUCUUCCAUUCCAUUCAAUCUAGUGUGGUGCUGAGGUAUCACCUGCUGCAUGGCUGCACUUGGGUUCUCAUCCCUGAAGUGGUUUGCCGCCUGGAGGGUGUGGCAGCAUGUGCUCCUUACCCCCCCCCCCCCCUCUUAUUUUGCAGUACAUGUUCUAGUUAUCAGCAGAACAAAAGUAACUUUGCAGAUAUAUGAAGGUAAAAUGCUGUGCAGAAUAAUUACUGCUCAAAGAUUUUUAUUUUAACAUGUACAAUACAACAUCAUUUCCAGAAUAUCCACUGAUAGAUGGAAAAUCAGUGAUAUAAACAGAUGAACUUUGAUGUUAUAAAUAAGUUGUCUUCCACAUAUACUAUAUUACAAGGAAUAUUAUAUGAAUAUUAACUGAUUAUAUGAUCAAUCAAUUUUUAGGUUCCAAACAGUCUUGCUGUAUUGGCUACUGCUAUCUUCUGCUUUUUUACAUUCAUCUUUAGCUGCAUUGGAAACUGUACCUAUGACUGGCAAAAACCUUUAAGGCUACUCUCCUUGUGCUGUAGAAUAAUCGUGAUUUAAAUGCAGAACACAGUAAUAAUAAAAAAUAAAUAAAGCAACUAAAAGACG